AUGGCAACUUUUUGCGGGACCUUUAUUGGAACGUAUGUAGCCAGCGUAAUAGGAACCGACUGGCGUAUGGCACUGCGGAUUGCACCUGUACUUGAUGUGGUGGCUCUUGUGCUUCUAGCAGCAGUGAUGAGAAAGCCAGGUCGAGGUGGUUUUAUGUUGAAGGCUGAAAUAUAUCAGAAGAGAACUAAAGUUUACUCUGAUAUUUUUGAUCUGAUUUUAAACCGCUGUUUGGUCUUUGCUGUUUUGGGUUAUGCAGCUAGUAUGUUCAUUACUAAUAGCAUGUAUACAUAUGCUCCGAAUGUACUGAGAAAUGCUCGCAUGAUGUCAAAUAAUCACCAGCCUUGUCUGACAGUUGACUGCACCUUCGAUGACAGCACUUCUGGUCUCUGUCCCACUUAUGUGCUUUGGAUUAUUUUUGUAGGAAUUAGUUCUGUCGUAUCCCAAAUUCUCUUCUUCCUAAAUGGGAUUUGUUUGGCUAUGAACAAGGUCCUUAUCAACGAAAUCAUCAUGAUGGUAGUGUAUCCAAACCGCCGCUCUUGGUCAUUUACUGAAAAGUCAAUAAUAGGAUUGCUUGGAAAAGAAGGAGGCGAGAAAGAACAUUUAUGGAUUUUUAAAUUUAUGAAGAUAAACUACUCAGAAUCUGACCUGAUACAGAAUCACGCAAUGGAAUUUAUUCUCUACAUUUGUCCAUUUAUGGCUUUGGUCGGAGCAGGAUGUUUCUGUGUAACGGCAAAAUACUUUGAAUAUUAUAAGCAAAAUGUAGAAGACUUUAUGAAUACACCAUUCACAGAUGUAGAACAACCCUUGGAUACGGUGGAAUCAUCUGACACAAAGUAACAUGAUAGAUGAAGUUGAAAAAGACC